UACACCAGGCCGUCUCUAUCAGAGCUGGGAGCUGCUGCUGACAUCCCUGGAGUUUGUCAUCUUUAGCCCGGGGAUUUAAACAACUAGAAGGAAACCUGUGCUCACAUUCGUGGAAACCUCGUGUUGCACAGAUCUCAUCUUUGCAUUUCUGUCUUAAAAGAUAUUUCUAUAAAUGUAUUGAAUGUUGCAUAGGUGGGUGCUAAUCUCUUGCAGACAGGUGAUGGGCGUUUCAUAGGAUAUCUGGAGCUGCUUUUUGGGUAUAUAAUACUAUAUAUUCUUUUUAUUUAUGCACAAUCAUGCACUGCUAGACACCCAUCUGGCUGCAAAGCAAAGGAAAAACAGAGGUGCAUCUUGGUGCAGGAGACCCCCCAAGGUGCACCACAUUUUAAAGGGAGUUGUUUCCCCCACUGAGGGAUGGUACUGACUCACUCAGAUUCAGGAGCAGUUUUGCAGCUCCUACACCAAAAGGUUGCAUUGUCAUUGAGGAUAAAGUACCCCAGGAAGAUAUGAGGAGCCUGGCUUGGAUAUUGCUGCUUGCAGUCUGCUGUUACCUGUCUCCUGCUUAUUGUGAGGAAGCAGAGAUCCCCCAGGAGGUGAUCGAGAAGUUGGCUCACAGCGAAAUCCGAAGCAUCAGUGACUUGCAGCGCCUCCUGGAGAUUGAUUCCGUAGGAAAUGAGGAACCAGCAGGAACUAACGUGAGACCACAUAACUUCCAUCACAAUAGACAUGUACAAGAAAAACGGUCUGUGCCAAGCAGAAGAAAAAGAAGCAUUGAGGAGGCUGUUCCCGCUGUCUGUAAGACAAGAACUGUUAUAUACGAGAUACCUCGUAGCCAAAUUGACCCAACAUCUGCCAACUUUCUGAUAUGGCCCCCAUGUGUGGAGGUAAAAAGAUGCACAGGCUGCUGCAAUACGAGCAGCGUCAAAUGUCAGCCAUCACGGAUACAUCACAGAAAUGUCAAGGUGGCAAAAGUAGAAUACGUAAGAAAAAAACCCAAAUUAAAAGAAGUCCUUGUGAGGUUAGAGGAGCAUAUGGAAUGUACUUGUACAGCAAAUUCUAAUUCAGAUUAUCGAGAAGAAGAAGCUGAUGUGAGGUGAAAAUAAGCUAAACUGACUAAUCUGGGACAUGGAUGUAUAUGCUCGGCUACAUUCCUGAACCUUCUUUGUAUGGUGCUUUUAUAGACUUUGUUUCGUUUUUUUGUUCUCUUGUGCGAAAAGAAAAAAAAAUGGUUCAAAGGACUUUCCGAGAACAAAAGGACAAUGUACAAUUGUUUAAUGUGACAUCAAAAGCAAGUAUUGUAGCACUCUUACAGAGAAGAAGCUUCCCCUGUCAGUAAACUGAAGCAACAAAAAGCAAGAUGGCGGAUUAUUGAAAAGAAGGAUAUGCUAAAAAAACGUACUAUAAACAUAACAAGUGAACAGAGGACUUAUGUCAAAGCAACGGUGCUUAAUAUUGAUGUGCCUGCUUUUGCUGAUGAAGAUCGAUGGUCUUUGACUGACAGACCUAUGGCACACAAAAAAAACAGGAAUGUAUCAAGUGUCUACUUAGAAGUUAUAGAAUCCAUACAUCCCUGCUCCGUGGAGUUUAAAGUCUUCACACAAACCUGGGAAGCCUUAAAAGGACAUUUUAUUAUCACUCCAUAAAGAAAAUAUUACUAUUGGAGUAACUUUUAGAUUUGGCACUACAAAAACCAGCUGCUUCGAAAUAGGUCGGCAGAGCUCAAGUGGGCACGUUUUUUUCGCAGAUUUGUUCGUAGUAUGAUUAUUUAUGUACAUUCACUCAUGCCUAUUUAAAAAUGUUUUUCACGUACUUUUAGUUCAGAUUUUUUUGUUGAGCUAGAAAAACAGUGUAUUUUUUAUGGGUGUGUACAUGUCUGUGUAUCACAGACCCGAAACACACACCGCAAACAUAGACACAGCACACACGCAAAUCACAAACACACAUGUAACAUACCACAGACACACACAGACCAUUCAGUAACCCAUGUGAGAAACCACAUAUAUACACACAGCAGAAAUCCAUGCAAAACACAGCACACACGCAAACCACAAACACACACAUAACAUACCACAGACAAACACAGACCAUUCAGUAACCCAUGUGAAACACCACAAACACACACACAGCAGAAAUCCAUGCAAAACACAGCACACACGCAAACCACAAAUACACGCGUAACAUACCACAGACACACACAGAUCAUUCAGUAACCCAUGUGAAACACCACAAACACACACACAGCAGAAUUCCAUGCAAAACACAGCACACACACAAACCACAAAUACACACGUAACAUACCACAGACACACACAGACAAUUCAGUAACCCAUGUGAAACACCACAAGCACACACACAGCAGAAAUCCAUGCAAUACACAAACACACACACAGCAGAAAUCCAUGCAAAACACAGCACACACACAAACCACAAAUACACACGUAACAUACAACAGACACACACAGACCAUUCAGUAACCCAUGUAAAACACCACAAACACACACACAGCAGAAAUCCAUGCAAAACACAGCACACAUGCAAACCCACAAAUACACACGUAACAUACAACAGACACACACAGACCAUUCAGUAACCCAUGUGAAACACCACAAAACACAAACAGCAGAAAUCCAUGCACAAACCACACACACAGUAUUUUUUUCAUAUUAGACUGUUAAAAUCUUCUGUAUCUUAAAUUUGAAAUGCAUGAUGGUUAUAGAUUCCCAGGCUGUAUUAUAUAAAUAUUAGAUGCAUCUUCUAUCCAGUGCCUCUUAUGUGCUGAAACAAAUGGUAUAUAUUUAUAUAAUGUUCUCUAGAUCAGGUUUACCAGUGUUUAAUAGACAUACUAGUGCAAAAAUAUAAAACACUCUAAUGCUUUAGAGCAUUUUAUUUUUGUACUAAUGCUCAACCCUGACUGUGUUUAACACCUGCUAAGGAAUUAAGCACAUAGCUACAGUCUUGCGUAUGUGCUGAAAAGCUGGUUCUCUUAAUAGGACACAAUGGUGACCCAAUAAAGACAGGUAAAAGCAUUUAUUCUGCACAGAGUUGGAUCAGCUGUACAAUACAAACCAUGCCUUGCACAGCUUGACAUGGGUUAAAUACAUAUGCACAGAAAUGAUACAUUUUGUUGGUCAAGUAACUGGAUAUUUCUAUAUGUUAUUUAAAAAGGUCAUCCCUUCUUGGACAACAUCUGAUGUCAGAAUCCAAAGAAGCUAAAACCAUUUAAAAUAUUGUCAAAAAUCAAACCUAGAUUUAGAAGAAAAAAAUAAAUAAUAAUAAAUAAACCAAUAUUAGCAUAUGCAAAAUGUUUUUUUUUUUUUUUUUAUUUGAAAGAGCGAAUGCACUUACAAUUGACUCUAUUUCCUAUAGUGUCUUUUUGUACUACGAACAAUAUUUGCAGAGAAUGCCUAUAGAAACCGCUAUGAAUAUAUAGUAUUUCCUUUUUGUCGGGAUGCAAACUAACAAACUGUAUUAAAAAAGAAAAAAAUAAUCUAAGAUAUAUCUAGUUUUAAUUCCAUCACUUUUUUGUUUCCAUUGUGUUUGUAUAAUUUAAAAUAAUUAUAAAUAAAAUGUUGUACAUUAAUGAAUCAUGGGAUAUCUGUGCAACGUCAAACUUGUACCAGUUGCCUACUAGUGCUAAAUUUAAGUUUUUAUUUGUUGUUUUUGCAAAUUAUUCUUUGCUCAUACACAACAAACAUUUUCACAUGAUUAGAAAGUGUGAAACGGACGUUUUAUUCUUGUAACUGCGUUGUACAGUGUCACAGUAGUAAAUGGAAUAUUUGCUACUUGUGUUUGAACAAAUCUUAAAUUCUUUAUUUUUGGUAUAUAAAAAGUAUGCUUAUGUGUAUUCAACAAAAAUGUGUUCUUUUUUUGUAAAGUUGAAGUUUGUAUUUUUAUCUAAAAAUCAACAUUUUUAUAUAAGUAAGAAAGCCUGCUAUGUUUUCUUAAACCAAAAAAAUGCAUUCUGUGGUCAUAUUUUUGUACCAUCAUAUCCCAAACAUAACAAUAUUUUUUAGCUGUUGUCGCAGAUAAGUAUUGAGCACAAGGCAUCUGAUAUCCUAUGUCUUUACUGCAGUUUUAGAACUGAAACAUUAACUUUCUUUAAAAAUGUUCUUGUUCCUGUAAAAGGCGAAAGGUCAUUUUGAUCUACUUUUGAAACAUGAAACAAAUUAAAGGGACACUGAACCCAAUUUUUUUAUUUAGAUAGAGCAUGAAAUUUUAAGCAACUAAUUUACUCCUAUUAUCACAUUUUUUUUCAUUCUCUUGGUAUCUUUAUUUGAAAUGCAAGAAUAUAAGUUUAGAUGCCCACCCAUUUUUGGUGAACAACCUGGGUUGUUCUUGCUGAUUGGUGGAUAAAUUCACCCACCAAUAAAAAAGUGCUGUCCAGAGUACUGAACCAAAAAAAUAUAAAAAAAUCUUAGGUGCCUUCUUUUUCAAAUAAAGAUAGCAAGUGAACUAAGAAAAAAUGAUAAUAGGAGUAAAUUAGAAAGUUGCUUAAAAUUGCAUGCCCUAUCUGAAUCACAAAAGAAAAAAUUUGGGUUCAGUGUCCCUUUAAAUGAUGUCCAUAAGAGGCAUUAAAGGAAAGGUAAACACCUUGUAAUUACAAGACAUUUCUGUUGUGUUGCUAUAGAAUAACAUAUCAGCCAAGUCUUAACCUUUUUAAAACAAAUGAACACUCUUUUACUGCAAUUAUUUUUUAAAUAGCCAAACGCCACCCACUUUCUGCCUUAUUUGGAAGAGCCAAUCUGGGCUUUAGUCCACAGACAACAAGGCUAACCAUUGUCAUAAUAUUAGUAUAAAAUGCAUUGUUUUGCAGUUGUUCUCUGAUAAAGGCAACUAGGGACAGAUUUAUACAUUGAGAAGUCAGAAGAGUGCAUUUUAAGUUCUGAGAAUUAGAAAGGGCUAAAUUUUCAGAGCUAAACUACAUGAAAAGAGGACAAAAUAAACAAUGAAAAUAUA